GGAGGGCGGACCGUGCCGGGGCUGUGACAGCGCCGCGCGGGCCCGGCCAGUCCAGUGGCUGGCCCGGACCCGGGCGGGGCGGUCCGGCAGCGGGCUGUGCGCGGCGGACGAGACAGUGGAUUGGAACGAUCAGCACCGAGGAUGAUUCGAACAAGAAAUAUCUGACAACUGCUGAGAAAAGAACAGAAGGAGGAACGCCGACAAACUGUCGAUACUCUGGUAUUACUGUUCCUUGUCAGCAGCAACAGGCUAGUCCUUCAAGUCCUUCUGAAAGUGAGCUUUCUUGCUACUUUCUUUUCACGAUGUCAUACCCGGCAAAGGAUGACCCUGGAGGAGAUCUCGAAAAGCCUCAGUACGAUAGCGAUGGACCGGGCGCCGAAAAGCCUCAAACGAAGCAGCCAUCGGAAGAAAUGUUCGACGACCUCCUGAAUUUGGCCGGUGGCGGCGGGCGUUUCCAAGUGCUUCUGGUUUUCGCCACAUCUCUAGGCGCCCUCACAGCCGCCAUUGACACAUUCUCCAUCGUGUUCAAGAUCGACUCGCCUGACCACUGGUGUGUGCGUGACGCCGCCAACAACUCGCUCUCGUGUGUGCCCACCGAGGCCGGCUGUGAGGCCGAGUCGUGUUUCGUGCCCGGCUCCAACGCCACGGACGGCCCGCGUCCCGCCUGCGUGCAGUGGCAGUUUGACCACAGCGUCUACCAGUCCACGGUGGUGACCGACUUUGAGCUGGUGUGCGGCCGCUCCGUGCUACGCUCGAUGAUAUUCACGGCUCAGAUGCUGACUAGUCUGGUGACGUCCCUGCUUUUCGGUCUGAUCGGCGACUGGUACGGACGGGCUCGCGCUGCCGCCCUGGCCGCCGGCCUCUUCGUUCUGAUGGCGUCCGUGACUGCUGCAACGUCGAAUUAUAACGUCUUCCUCACGGUCGCCUCACUUACGACGGGGGCGCGCAUGGGAAUCUACAUCUGCCUGUUCACGCUGUGCAUGGAGUCGGUGGGCGAGCGGCACCGCUCGGUGGCCGGCCUCGUCUGGGUGCUGCCCUGGGCCGCCGGUAUCAUGCUGACGGCCGCCGCCGGCUGGCUGCUCCGCUCCUGGUGGCAGCUGCAGCUGGUGUGCGCAGCCGCCGGCCUGCUGCUGCUGCCCGGCGUCUGGCUGCUGCCCGAGUCGCCGCGCUGGCUGGCGGCGCACGGACGCACCGAGCGGGCCGCCGCCGGCCUGCGCCAGAUCGCCGCCGUCAACGGGCGCGCGCUGCCGGCCGACGUGGCCGAGCGGCUGCGGCGGCUGUCGCUGGCGCCGCCGGCAGAAGACACCAGCCGUUGUCGGGAGGCGCUGCUGCUCUUCAGCUCGCGCCGCAUGUGCUGCCUCUCGCUGGCCACCAUCUGGCUCUGGGUGGUCAUGGCCGUCGUCUACUACGGCAUCUCGUUCGACUCGGCGCAGCUGGCCGACAACGCCUACCUGGCCAUGCUGCUCUCCGGUCUGGUGGAGGUGCCCUCGAUGGCCGCCGUGCCGCUCAUAGACAGGCUGGGCCGCCGGCCCGUCAUGGCCGCCACCUACCUGCUGACGGGCGCGGCCAUCUUGCCGGUGCCGGCCGUGCCCCCCGGCUGGCCGGUGCUGUUGCUCGGCAUGCUCGGCAAGCUGGCGAUCGGCGCCGGCUUCGGCGUCAUCUACGUCCACCUGGAGGAGUACAUGCCGACCGAGGUGCGCAACGCGGCGCUGGGCCUGUCCACGAUGGCCGAGUCGGUGGGCGGCGCGCUGAGUCCGCACGUGGCCUACGGCCUGGGCGGCUGGCACUGGGCGGCGCCCAGCGUGGUGUUCGGCGUGCUGGCCGUGUCGGCCGGCCUGGUGACGCUGCUCGUGCUGCCCGAGACGGCCGGCCGGCCGCUGCCCGAGACCGUCAGAGACGUCCAGAAAACACGGUGACAAAAUUACCAGGCACGCUGAUCUCGACUUUCGGGAGUCGUCGAUGAAAAGCGCAGCUGUACGUUACUUAUCAUGGAGAAAUUAGACAUCUGCGAGGGCAGUGCGUCAAUUGCCUGGGAUUGUUAAUGUUUUCUGAUUGCGAAAUAUACCUGAUUCUAGGCAA